UUCAGAGAAGAUGAAGAAAAGAUUCUUUACUCUUCUCUUUUUAUCAUUGUCAAUUACGAUUCCGCAAGUGAUUUCGUAUUCAAAAGUAACGAAGAAUGGCAAGCAAAACGAGGAACUUCAAGGAGAACACGUCGUCGGAAUAUCCAGAUCGAAGGGCCAAGAAAGUGAAGGUAGAAGUGUGCAGGAUAUCGUAAUUACUGCCUCUCCAAUGUUCGUCAAUGCCAGGAAUCCUAUUCUCAAACCUGGAGAAGCUAUUGAUUAUCCAACCACUAAAGGUUACUCAACUCUAGAUGAGGAGAUGAUAGCGAAAAUAAAAUCCCUGCACUUGAAGAAGAAUGUUCAGGAUAGAUUUCAUCCCCCAGCGCCCUUUGAACACGUAUUAGCUCACGAGAAUGCAAACCGACAACAAAAUCGACCAAGUUCAGGGGGAUUUUCAAAUCCUUCAGCUCUAGACAUGAGGCCAUCGCCAGUGGGUCCCGAUAUUACAUUCACAUCAAAACCUAUGAUUUCUGGUACCUACGAUUAUCCACCCUCUAAUUUCGACUCCGAUGGAACCAUUGAUUCCAAUCCUGAUCUCAAAGCACCAACAUAUUACCCAACGGAUUCCUAUCUAAAUGGUCAUCAGAUAAAUCACGAAUCAUCACACAAUUCCUAUGAUAAUAAAAAGCCAAUGUAUGGUGAUGAUCCUCCAAAAUCAGUGGACUAUGAAACACAAUUUGACGCUCCCCCCAUUCACGAAGGUGGCAGCAGUGGCUUUGUUUCUAAUCACGACUAUCAUCCUGAUGUCAUCUAUGAUGAUCACAUCGACGAUGAUCAUCAUCAUUAUCAUGAUUAUCAUGAUUAUCAUAAGACAACAACAACAACAGAGAUGCCUGAAAUGAAUGAUCAACGUCUCAGCAAGAGGCCUUAUUCCUAUUAUUAUAUUGGCAGAAAACUUUGGUAUAUUCCACUCUACUUUAGCAUUUAUUUUAUCAUCUACAUUGCUGCACUUGUUCUGAAGAGUGUUGCCAGGCAUAAGAUCAAUUUCCCUUCAAAUUUAGCAGCUGCUGCUGGUAAUGGAAGAAGUUCCUCUAAUCAAGAUAGUGAAAUGAGCUGGUGGGAUUAUACGGUGUGGAUUCUUGAUGCCAUUGAGAAAUAUAAAAAAAUGUGAAAAUCACAAUUUUUAUAUUGUUUCAUACGGAAUUUUGAUAUUUUUUUUCUUUGCUAUGAAUUUUAUUUAAAAAAUUUUUUUUAUUUUAAUUUUCGUAUAUAUUUUUGUAUUUUUGAACAUCAAAAAGUU